UGGCUCUUACUUUUGUUAUUCAGAGAGUCAUAAAUUUAAGUUUCAAAGAUCAAAAGCUUGGGUUAUAGCAAUGGAAUUCAAUGGAUCAAUUGUUCAGUCUCUUGAGAACAAGAUCAUCCUUGUCACUGGUGCUACUGGGUAUCUAGCAAAAUUGUUUGUGGAGAAAUUACUUAGGGUUCAGCCCAAUGUGAAGCAUCUUUUUCUUCUUUUAAGAGCUGCUGAUGCAUCGUCCCCUACUCAGCGUCUCAAUAACGAUGUGACAGGGAAGGAAUUAUUUAGAGUGUUAAGAGAAAAGCGUGGUCUUGGGUUCGAUUAUUUUAUAUCCGAAAAGGUGACACCUAUUUUUGGAGAUGUCAGCUUAGAAAACUUGGGAAUAGAAGACUCUGAUUUGGAAAAGAAGAUGCAUAAAGAAAUCCACCUUGUUGCCAAUUUUGCUGCAACUACAAAUUUCCAUGAAAGAUACGAUGUGGCGCUGGCUGUGAACACAAUGGGAGCUAAGCAUGUCUUAGAUUUCGCAGAAAAGUGUGAGAACCUGGAGAUGAUUCUCCAUGUAUCGACGGCUUUUGUUUGUAACGCUGAGAUGCCUGAGGUUAUAUUAGAGAAACCUCUGAGUCAAAUAUUGAAAGAAUCCUCAAAAUUCCUAUACGUAAUUGAGGAAGAGAAAAAAUUGAUGCAACACAGAUUGGAUGGACUUAAAGCUGAACAAGUCUCAAAGAAACAAGAAACUGCUGCAAUGAAAGAGCUUGGACUUGAAAGAGCUAAAUUCUAUGGAUGGCCAAACACAUAUGCGUUUACAAAGGCAUUGGGAGAAAUGAUAAUUGGUCCACACUUGAAAACAAAUUUUCCGGUUGUUAUCGUAAGGCCUACAGGUGUAACUGGUACUUACAGAGAGCCAUUUCCUGGAUGGAUAGAAGGCUUCAAGGCACUUGACCCCAUGGUGGUUGGUGUUGGAAGAGGAAAGUUACCUUGUUUUCUUGGGGACUAUGAGUCACUCUUUGACAUCAUCCCAGGAGAUAUGGUGGUGAAUGCUAUAAUAGUGGCAAUGGUGAAUGCAAAAGCUAACAGUCAUAUUUACUCUGAUGGUGACGACAAUCUUAUAUACCAUAUAAGUAGUUCCGCACACAGAGAGCCGACGAGGCUCAUUAAGCUGUUAGAAUACGCUUACGAUUAUUUCUGCAAGAAUCCGUUGAUGGGUAGAGAUAUUGGUGAAAUUGUUAAGCCUGUUUUCUUCCCCACCAUGUCUAGCUUCCAAGAGCACGUUCACAACAACUAUGUGGUAACUAUGAAGGAGGACAUACUUCUAUUGGCAAAGCGGUUGGCUGAAAUUUAUGAACCUUAUAUACUUUUUAAAGGAGUGCAAGUAAUUUUCCAAAAUGCAUAAUAUUGCAUAUUAAUUGGUGUGGAAGUGAUCUUUGAAUUUGAAUUUUAUGGCUUACAGUUUUAGUACUUCGGCCACUGAUCAAUUGCGUUUGUGGACAACAUCGUACUACGGACCUGGAGAGGCAGAUAUAUUUGAUUUCGAUACCAAACAAAUUGAUUGGGAAGAUUACAUGAUGAAUAUUCAUAUUCAUGGUCUGGUGAAUUAUGUUGUUCAACCACAUGUAGGAUAUAUUAGCAAAUUAUAAGUUCAUUCAUAUGUCCUUAAGUGUCAAAAUACGGAGAAUUACAAAUUAUUUGAGGGUUUAUUUUAGGGAAUUUUAAGAAAAUGUCACACUUCCAUUAUCCGAUUUAAUAAAAUGUCCCCGUUUAUUUCAAAA